CUACAGCUUCUUUAAGCGUACAACAAGAAAAGUAACAGAAUAUCUUUUUACUCUAUCCUUGACAGCAUUUAAUAUUCCUUUUGUGCACUGAUAAACGCUUCUACGUUUUAGAGUAAUCAACGCGCAAAAAAUCGAAAGGCUCAAAGCUUGAACGCGGGUCUUGAAAUAUUCCCAUUUAUGGCUCUAUUCUAUAGAUUAAAUUUGUUUUCUUACUACACGUUUAUCUGUAUAAUAGGUGAAUAUGAUCUUCGUAAAGCGGACGGAACCGAGCAAGUUAUCCCAAUUGACCAAAUCUUCAUACAUCCUAAAUAUAACCGGCCAGUGACUGGGCUCGACUAUGACGUGGCAUUGAUCAAAUUGAAGAAACCAAUCACGUUCAACAAUGACGCAAGACCCGUAUGUCUGCCCACCAAGGAUUUUCCUCCUGGAACUAAGUGCUAUGUCACUGGAUGGGGCGAUACAACUGAGGGGGGAAAUUUUGCACAGAUUUUGCAGCAAGCCCAAGUUCCUCUUGUACCACGUGACACUUGUCGGCGAGCAUACAGCGACCUCCGAUUGCCCAUUACGAAACGCAUGCGCUGUGCAGGUUUCUCUCAGGGAGGAGUUGAUGCAUGCAAAUCGGACAGUGGAGGACCGCUGGUCUGUCCAAGAAAUAACAAGUGGUAUCUUAUGGGUAUCGUCAGCGGGGGCGAUGGUUGUGCGCGCCCAAAUAGAUUUGGUGUGUAUUCUGACGUGUUGGCCCUUAAGCCCUGGGUGCAGCAAACAAUAAAUCAAAACCCAACUCCAUAAUUGUCGAGGGCAGUAAAGAGAUUGAAAUUGUCGGUUGACUAGCUCAUGUUUCAUGGAAAAUAAAAGAAUCACAGCAAACUAAUAAAAAAUAAUCUCACUUACCGGUUAAUUAUUCGGGUAAAUUACGGUUAGGGUCACAUUUCGCAAGAAUAUAUUAUAUUUGACGAUAAAAUAACUCCUAAGUAACUUAAUCCUGUAAGACUAAAGCAUUUUAUAUAAGAAAUAAAGGGGAAAAUGUAAAAUAUUGUCA